AUGGUUCUACCUUUUGGGUACAGAGCUUGCGAACAAGUUGGAACUGCCUCAAUAGUAACAGAGCUUCCUGAAGAGUGUACAGAAAGCGAAGUUCUCGAUGUUGUUUCAAUGUUAAAUCACAAUGAAUCAGUCCAUGGCAUUCUUGUCCAGCUUCCAUUACCCAAUCAUUUGUGUGAGGAGAAGAUUUUAAAUGCAGUAAAAGUUGAAAAAGAUGUGGAUGGUUUUCAUCCUGUGAACAUGGGAAACCUUGCAAUGAGAGGAAGGGAGCCUUUGUUUAUUCCUUGUGCCUCUUUAGGGUGUAUUGAGGUGCUUAAUCGAUGCAGUGUAGAAAUUUUAGGUAAUAAAGCAGUGGUAAUUGGAAGAAGCAUGAUUACUGGAUUACCCACUUCCUUGCUAUUACAUGUAUUUAAUUUAUUUGUAUCCAAAUUGUCUUGUUUUAAUGUUAUUAUUGAUGGGUUUUAA